UAUACAAGUGAAGCAGAAAGUGAAAGACUUUAUUCUUCUUUGUGCGUCUUCCCGGCCUCUAACCGAUGGCCGAGGCACACUCGUAUCCUCUGCUCGUUGGAUUCAAAGAAACCAACAUACCCAGUUUAGAAACAAAGUUACUGCAGUACUUUCGUAUUGUCGGUGGCGACUGUGAGAUCGAGUAUGAAAAUGGCACCAGGACAGCGAUACUGCACUUCACGAGAGAGGAGGAUCAGAGAAAUGUUCUGGCGAAAGAGUCUCAUCAGAUCCGUUUGGAAAAGGGCGUUUUGAAGCUGACGGCAUUCCCACUGGAUAAAGACAACACAAAAUCUGUUAAAAACAUAAAGAGGAAGCAUUCCAUCAAGAAUGACGAGGCCAGAGUUCAUCGGUUUUCUGUUUUAAAAGGUUUAAGAAGGUCAUUUAAGGGCAAGGCGUCACUAAAACUUCCAUCUGCCAUCUCAGAGCCCAUUGACAGUGCUGUCCUGAGAUAUCUAGCUCAAAAUAAAUCAGCAGCAGAGGCCAUUUGUAGUGAAAUGGACAAACACUUCUGCAUCGUGAACCUCGGCCAAACUACUGUGACCUUGAGUCCUGUGUCUUCUUUACUAAAGCAAAAGGAUGCCAAAGCCAUCAUCAAAGAGUGGACUGAUACUGUGGAGUCAGCAUUUGCACAAUCUGUGUCAAAGUUCAAAUCCUUGAAGUUCAAUCCAGAUUCAGAUGCAUGGGAAGAGUCUGAGAAAAAGAUCAGAGAGAUGUUACUGAAUGAAAAUGUGAUUGUAGUACCUGAUAAAGACAGAGGUGCUUUAUCAGUCGCUGGUCCAGUUAGUGAUGUCAACAGACUGGAGAAAUCUCUAUCUGAAAUUAUUAACAAGAUCCAUGAAGAGAAAAAAAGUAAAACUUUAGAGAUCGAAGUGUCACCAUCAGUUUUCCAUCUCCUGUGUCAAAAUGGGCUUUUGGACAACCUUCUACUUGUGUAUCCAGAACUCAAAUUGUCACCAGAGAGUCCUAAUCUGAAAAUAACUGGCUUAGGGGAAGAGAUUAAUGCAGCAAUCAAUGUUAUAUUAGAUAUAGUACUUGCAUUAAAACGACAGAAUGUGGAAUUAGAUAAAAAUGUGCUUGAACUGUUGAAGGAUGAGCAACAAGAGGAGCUUACAGAUGCUCUCCUCACAUCUCAUCAAAUAAACGCAGCAUUUGAAAUCAGUGGAAACAGGGUGCAGCUCCUUGCUGUCUCUGACAGAGAUCUGUCUCAUGCUCAGGACCAUCUAGGACAGCUGUUAACAUCUCAGUACAUUCAUGUUGAAGACAGUAACGUCCUGAAGAAGCCAGAGUGGCAGCAGCUGGUCAGUCUCUUAGAGCAGGCUAACAGUAAGCCAUGCAGAACUCGAAUCAACACAACUGCUCAACAAGUCGUGGUGUCAGGCUACAAGGAUAGUGUCAUAAAAGUUCAGCAACAGCUUGGUGACUUUUUAACACAGAACGCUCACAUAGAAGAAACUGUUGUGGUCAAAGCUAAUGCUGUCAUUGAAUACUUGAAAGAUUUCAACACGUCUUGGAUGGAGAAAGUGAAAGAGAAGGUGAGAGUGUCCUACAGAAAUGAGGCCAUCUGAGUGGAUCCAGAGUGAAUGUGACACAUUGCAAGACUGUGGUUGAAGGUGUCGUCUCUGCUGUAGUCUUUGACAGUCUGAAUGUCUGCAUGUCUGGAGUGAAGAAGCUCUUCCAGGAAAAUGAAACACUGUAUCUUUCCGCAAUCAAAACUAAAACUGGUUGCCUGGUUAAACUGGUUUAUAAGCCAAGUGAUGGCCAAGACAAUGAUGACAUUACUGUUCAGGAUAUGGUGGCUGCUUUCAGGCAGGAGUUUGGAAACCAUCGUGUCAUUCAUUCUCAACAAGCUCCUCCUCCCAAAGCUCACAAGCCAUCAGUUUUUCAGGCUACUGGAUUGGACCCAUACUUGUAUCAUGUGCAGACAAACGAAGACUUGGACAUUGUUCUUACAAAGGGAAAUAUAGAGUUUUCCAUGACAGAGGUGAUUGUGAACAGUGUGCCUCCAGACCUCAACCUGGACAGCGGUGCAGUUUCAAAAGCCAUCUUGCGUGCAGCUGGACCCAAACUUCAGCAGUCAAUAAAUGCAUGGGGUGCUACUGGAAAUGUUGGUGAGAUCAUUGUUACUGAGGGCUGCCAACUAUAUAGCAAAAAAGUCUUUCAUGCAAUUGCACCUUACUGGGAUAAGGAUCAAGACACAUCUGAAGAGUGUUUGCAAGGAAUCUUUAUGGAUUGUUUGGACAUGGCAGAGAAUAAUAAUCUAACCUCCAUAUCCUUGCCAGCAAUUGGCACUGGAAACCUGUGUUUCCCAACAGCUGUCGUAGCCUCUUUGAUGUUGAAUACAAUCUUAGAGUUUAGCAAAAAGAGAAAACCCAAGCACCUGAAGAAGGUUGUGAUUGUACUUUACCCAGGUGAUACGCAGUGUAUUCAGGAUUUCACCAAUGAAUUUAAGAAGUUUCCAAAUGCCUCAGGCAAUUCAAGUUUAACAAAAGGACGCCCCUUCUCUAACCUCACCUCGACCUCAGAUAUGCAUGAGACUAAAAUGGGAAAUGUGACUAUACAGGUAGUCACAGCAGACAUAACCAAGGAGACUACGGAUAUCAUUGUCAACUCUUCCAAUCAAAGCUUUUCUCUUAAGUCAGGAGUCUCUAAAGCUGUUCUAGAUGCAGCUGGUAAAGCUGUUGAAGUGGAAUGCCACAACUUUGGUGCCAAGUCCAAUCCAGGCAUGAUAAUGACUCAGCCAGGCAACCUAAAGUGUAAGAAGAUUCUCCACGUGGCUGGAGAUCCUGACCCAGUAAAAAUCAACAAGAUUGUGAAAGAUGCACUUCAGAUGUGUGUGAAAAGCUCCUAUACCUCUGUAUCAUUUCCAGCAAUUGACACAGGUAAAGGUAAUGUAAAAGCAAGACUGGUGGCAGAUGCCAUGUUGGAUGCAGUAAUUGAUGUAAUGAGCCAAAACUCUUCCGGUCCCCUGACCACAAUCCGCAUAGUUAUUUUCCAGAAAGCUAUGCUAAAAGACUUCCACGGCAGCAUGGAACAGAGAGCAGCUACUGAUCCUAAUCCUGAGGAUGAAGGACAGGGGACCUGGGGAGGCAUUGGCAUUGGCAAAGUCCAAGGAAUAUUUACUGAUAGAAAUACUGAAAAACCAAAGAAAGAGAAAGAUUUCACAACUGAAGGUCAGAAAGCUGAUGCCACUUGCUUCCAUAUUUGUGGCAACACUCAGGCUGAUGUAGAUUUAGCCAAGAAACUGUUGUUCCAAGAACCUCAGACCACCACAAUUGAGGACGAAGCCAUUGGUAAAUUCUGUCAUGCAGACCACCAGAAACUUGAUGACAUGGAGGAGACCAUGGGUAUAAGCAUAAAAAUAGAAAACAGUAAAGCCAAGCUCACUAUUGAAGGACUGAGCAAUGAUGUGCUUAAAGCUAACUCUGAGAUCAGUAUGAUGCUAAGCAGGAAAAGAGAUGGUAUUCCUGAGCAGUGGGAACGCAUGCCAGCUGAGGCCACAUGUCAGGCUUUUGUAGUACAAGCCAAGACAUCAGAAUAUGAUGAAAUCCUGAAACUGUUUCAGGCCUCAUGCAAUGGAACUGUUACAAAGAUUGAGCGGAUCCAGAACCCUGGAUUGUGGAAGAGUCUAGAGAUCAAGAAGCGUGACAUGGAGUUGAGAAAUGGUCAUCAGAAUAACGAGAGACGCCUUUUCCAUGGUACCUGUGACACAGCUGUGCCAAAUAUUAAUGACCGUGGCUUCAACAGGAGCCAUGCAGGAAAGAAUGCUGCAUACUACGGCAAUGGCACAUACUUUGCUGUCAAUGCUAGUUAUUCUGCCAAUGACACCUACUCCACGCCCAAUCAGAACGGGGAAAAGUUUAUGUAUGUCUGCCGAGUUCUGACUGGUGACUUCACUCUUGGAAAGCAAGGCAUGAUUGAACCACCAGCGAAAGGCACCGCCUCCACUGACCUGUACGACAGUGUUGUGGACAACCCUGCCAAUCCCACCAUGUUUGUUGUCUUCCAUGACACCCAGGCUUAUCCUGAGUAUUUGAUUACAUUCAAUUGAAGUAUAUAAAAACUUCAGGAAAAUGCUUUUAGAAUAGUCUGUAGCCUGAUUUUUACCUGCCCUCUUCUUGGAAAUCUUUAGCAUAUAAUAAAUUUGAAAUGACUAUCUAAACUUUAUUUAAUCUCUAGUUUAUGACCAUUAAAGGAAUAACUUUGAUAAUCUGUGAUUUAAAAUGUUUAUAUUUUUAUACAUUUUUUCUGAACAGCAUCUGUUCGAUGUUUUUAGUAAUUUUCUUUGAACAAAUAUAAAUAUGUUCCAAUUACACACGGGUAAAAAGAUGCUCUUGUGUUCAGUGGGACCUGGAGGGGCGUGAUUGGGAGGAACAGCCUCCAGAUCUGAAAUUCUGUCCAUAUCUUUGAUGAACAGAAUUUCUAAGCGUAGCGAACUCGAGCAAGGCUUCCACUUAGGUGGUUUUAGAAUUUAUUCCCUGCUUCUUAGGAUGAUUUGGUUCUGUUGGCUUCAUCAGGUGAUGGCGUCCAGCAUGCACAAUUCACAGCCAAAUAUGAAACAGGAGGAAUGAGAAUAAGCACCUCCAAAUCUGAGGUCAUGGUCCUCAGCUGGAAAGGGUGGAGUGCUCAAGUGGAGGAGUUUAAGUAUCUUGAGAUACUAGGGGAGUGGGAGAUCGAACUAAGAUGUUUCCAGAUUUUUUUUCAAUACUUUGCCAUGUUAAUGUGUGUUUGAGUGUGUCUGUGUGUUUCUGUGGACAUUGAACCAAUUUUGAUUUUCUUUUGGUCAAGAAUAAUAAAUUUCUGUCUUCUUUC